GUGUCCACGGGGAGAAUCCUCCCUUUUGACUCUUUUUGACCCUUUUGAACCCUCCAGAGGUGUCUAAAAAGAGGCAGUGCUCCCAGCAGUCAAGCGACGCGAAACCGGCACCCGCGGCUCCCAACAGAGCAACCCAGGUGUGGUCGCCUUAGGCGCAGAGCUGGCAAGUGCAGAGCUGGAGCCGCCAAAGCCUAACCGGGAACGGCGUUUGCCCGGGCCAAGGCGGAAGCCGGAGCAUUUGGGGGACGGGACCGCGGGAACCCGGAAACGCCUGGGCUGUACCGAGGUGGCACCCACGACGACGGCGGGAGCUGGCGGCGCUGCGGGUCAGCAGUCGCGGUGCACCCGGCGGGCUCAGCGGCCUCGGGCGCCCGGCGUUGCUGAGCCGCAGGCCCCAGUGCGUGCAGCUGGCAGAGCUGCGCGGGAGGCAAAUGAAGAUAAAACAAUGUCCACCAACCUAAAAUACCUUUCCCUGGGAAUUUUGGUCUUUCAGACUACCAGUUUGGUUCUAACAAUGCGUUAUUCUAGGACUUUAAAAGAGGAAGGACCUCGUUAUCUGUCUUCUACAGCAGUGGUUGUUGCUGAACUUUUGAAGAUAAUGGCCUGCCUGUUAUUAGUCUACAAAGACAGUAAAUGUAGUCUAAGAGCACUGAAUCGAGUACUGCAUGAUGAAAUUCUUAAUAAACCUAUGGAAACACUUAAACUUGCUAUUCCAUCAGGGAUAUAUACUCUUCAGAAUAAUUUACUCUAUGUGGCACUAUCAAAUCUAGAUGCAGCUACUUACCAGGUCACAUAUCAGUUGAAAAUUCUUACAACAGCAUUAUUUUCUGUGUCUAUGCUUAGUAAAAAAUUAGGUGUAUACCAAUGGCUCUCUCUAGUAAUUCUGAUGACAGGAGUUGCUUUUGUACAGUGGCCCUCAGAUUCUCAAGAGAUUGAUUCUAAGGAACUUUCAGCUGGCUCUCAAUUUGUAGGCCUCAUGGCAGUUCUUACAGCAUGUUUUUCAAGUGGCUUUGCUGGAGUUUAUUUUGAGAAAAUCUUAAAAGAAACAAAACAAUCAGUGUGGAUAAGAAACAUUCAGCUUGGUUUCUUUGGGAGCAUAUUUGGAUUAAUGGGUGUUUACAUUUAUGAUGGAGAACUGGUAUCAAAGAAUGGAUUUUUUCAGGGAUAUAACCAACUGACCUGGAUAGUAGUUGUUCUUCAGGCACUUGGAGGUCUUGUUAUAGCUGCUGUUAUUAAGUAUGCGGAUAAUAUUUUAAAAGGAUUUGCAACCUCUUUAUCCAUAAUAUUAUCAACACUGAUAUCCUAUUUUUGGCUACAAGAUUUUGUGCCAACCAGUGUCUUUUUCCUUGGAGCCAUCCUUGUAAUAGCAGCUACUUUCUUAUAUGGUUAUGAUCCCAAACCUGCAGGAAAUCCCAUUAAAGCAUAGUCAGAAACUUUCUUUAACUGGUUUCUCAUGAUGGUGCACUAGAAAUCUCGACGUUAAUCUUGCACAGAGGACUUCUACAGAUUCUGUGAAGAUAUCAUCAUGCUGAAUCUAAUCAUAUUGUUCAAGUGGUUUGAAAAUAUACAGACUUAGAGAUAAAAUGUUUGUACUGUAUAUGUAGCAAAACAUUACACCUAGAAAUCAAAACUUGAAAGUAUUUCCAGGGUUUAGAAUUAGAGAGAAUAUGGGAGGAAACUUGAAAUCUAAUUUAAUUUUAAAAAGAGUUUACCUUUUUGAUUGCUGCAGAAAUGUCCUAUGCACUCUUUGCAAGAGCACACAAAUGUCAGAUAUCAAUUUUUUGCAAAUUAGAUCUAUUUACUCUUAUGAAAUGUUUUUUAUCUUAUUCUUUCUGUACAGAAAUAUCAAAUUACAUGGAAUAGUCAAAGUUUGAAAACUAUAAUUACCUAUAAAGCUGUGAAAUAUAAGAAUAUGAUUUGAAAAUUUUUUCACAUCUGAGAUUUUUAUAUUUGUAUAAAAGAUUACUAAACAAAAGAUUGCAAAAUGUUACUUGUUUAAUUACAAAAAUUUGAUAAGGUAAUAUUCUGGGUCUGAUUUGUCAGAGAAUAAAAUUCAUAUUUAAAUGUAAUGUAAAGAGACAUCUAUUUCUCCAUAUAAAUUCUAAGAUCUUUUGUGCUUCGAGACAGCUGGAUGUAAUUCAGUUGUUCCUGUGCUAGAUAGUAGCCAGUGACUUUACUCUAAUGGAGUUUUACCCUUGAUCUCUUAAUGCAUAUCUUUUCUGUAAAUCAGAUAAAUUCUUAAUAUUACUUUAAAUUUUUGUGUUGUUACUGAAAAUUUAAAAUGUAACUUAAAUGGAUUAAAUAGUGAUUUAAUAAUUUAAAACAAUUUUGUCUAAUAGCUCCAUACGGAGAAUUUUGAACUAUCAAGUUACACUGUAUACAACUAGAAAGUUUUUAAAUUAAUAUUUUACUUAUCUGUAGAAAUUUCCUUUAAUCAACAACUGUUGACAAAAACAACCACCAAAAAUAUUAGUAUAAGUAUCAGUGGACCAAGACCAAAAUGACUUUUCUUGGAGACAUUCCUGUUGCCAUAUUACACUAUUUUAAAUAGCACCAGAACCUUAAAUUUAAGACUGGUCAGAAAAAAUUUUUAGACUUCUUAUAAGCCCAUUUUCCCCAGGAAUACUGUGAUCACAUGACUGGGAGAGGUAGCUGAAUUCUGAGUUCCCUUUCUGUGUUCCAUGAAAGCUGCUGGGAAGGAGUCACCAUUUUGCUUUAGAGGAUUUUCUUCCCGAUUCAACACUGGAGUUGAGGAUGCAAAUUACAUGUUAUUUAAUUAGUUGGUUCAAAGGAGAGAGAAUAUAUUAGAAAUAGUAAGACGAAUUGGUGGGUAAAAAUACAUUCUAUAAUUGAUAUAGGUUUAAUUUAAUUAUUGACUAGAUGCAGAUUAUCUAUUAAGUAUAAAGUAUUUUGCUUUAUUUUUUUCAUUUAUACUGUAUAUAUUUUUAAAAGUCUGUUCUGAUAUAAAAACUGUAAAACAAUAAAUAUUUUUAUAUGGGUCUAAUGGGUUUUGUUAAAUAGAAUUUGACUGGAGAAUAGUGUUAUUAGAAACCAUUGGGUACUCUUGGCUAACUUGGACUGGCUGUGCUACCUUGAUAAUGCAAAAACAUAGUCUCUACAGACUGGAGGUCUAAUCAACUCCAUCCAGAGUUUGAAAGUGCUUGAAAUGAUAAAAUAUUUAAAAUUAAUUUGCUAUUGAUAAAAAAAAUAUGGUACCAGACUUAUGAUUUUCAUUGACCACCUUUUAGAAUAUUUUGUUUGAUAACAACCACAUUUUGUUUUAAGACUGCAACAACAUACAGGCUUAUAUUAUCCUAUUGCUACUAAUUAAAAUCUAAAUCUUGCAACUACACAGAAUUUAAGACUUUUAAAUAAAGAUAUAUGUUCAGUUUACAGUGAAGUAUUGUUUGGGCAAUUAUGUAUUAAUGCAUUGUGCAUUCACAAUUAAUUGUUAACUUAGGUUUAUUCUGCCCCUAUUUUAACACUUCAACAGUUACACACGUAAAUUAUUGGAUAGUAGAUACGUUAAACUAAUAACAUUUUCAAGUGUCCAUAAUAAUAUAAUUUUCAAGAUUUCUAACAAAAAUUAUAAAAUGUAAUUAGAAAUUGUGAAAAUGGAAAAGUAGUCUGAAGUAUAUUUUCAAAGCAAACUUUCAUUAGUCAUAAUUUAUACUUUGCUUUUCUAGUAGGGUUGAAAAUGUUAUUGAGCUAUGUAGUUUUUAAUUUUUAAUUCAAAGGAAAUAAUCAUAUUGAAGAAGGUGAACUUAGGUCCUAGAUCAUGUCAUAUAUACAGAUAAUGCUAUUUUAUGUAUGUGGUUUGUGUUUUAAUGACCUUCAAAGGUCCUUAUUGUAUUAAGCUUUUAUAAAGAUUAUUCCUGGAUUAUUUAAAUUUCUGUACUUUUUAAAAAAGUGUAUUUGUUAUCUCUCAUCUAAGUUGUUCCAUAUAACGGUGUGUUAAUUCUUGGGAGGACAGUGACAAUUGAUAAUUCUAUUAAAAAUUAAGAAUACAGUAUUGUGAAGAAAAGUUUAAAAUGUAACAGGUAGAUGUUGCAAUAUAGCAAUAUUACCAAUUCUUUAGUAAAUGAUUUUAGAGAAGUCCUAAGCUACUUUUAUGAUAGAAUAUGUAGUUUAGAGGUACAAACUUAAAUAUUUACAUCAAAUGUCACCAAAUUUCAUAGAAAGGAAAGGCAGUUUGCUAUUUAAACUAGUUUCUAAUAACAUGGAAUCUAAAAGGAAACUAAUUGACAUUGUGCUCUGUACAUUUAGUGUAAUAGUGACUGUUCUUACAUAUCAAAUCAUUGGCCUGUAAAAUGUUAUUGUACAGUCAACAACUUAGUUGUUUUGUUUUUUUUAAGAAAGGGUUUACCAUCUUUCAUUUUAUUUAAACGUUCACUGAAAACAUGGAUAUAUGCUUUACAUGAGUUGUUUAUGCUAUAUUGAAAGUCAUCUUUCAAGCAGCUGGGGAUAUGGCUCAGUUGGCAGAGUGCUUGCCUUGCAAGCACAAGGUCUUAGAUUCAAUCCCCAGCACUGCAAAAAGAAAAAAAAGAAAAGAAAGUCAUCUUCAAGAAUUUCCAGGAUAAAGUAGUUAUAGGCUAAGAAAAAAGCACCUUUAUCAAAAUCUGGUCCUAUGUGCCUUGCCUUACCAAAUACUUGACUUUUCUGAAGAAUAUUUCUGUAAUUCACAAUUUUAGACACAUAGGCAAAAUUAGAAUGUUCCAAGAAUAACAAUAAUUCUGUUUUUGGUUGUUUCAACAUAACAGAUGUUGCUCUUUAAAUCCAUUAUCUAACAAAAUUGAAAUAGGUAUAACUAUUAAAAGCAUUAGUUAACAGUUCUCAUUUACACAAAGUGGCACCAUUAUACCAUCAUUCAGCUUUUUGAAACUUUAACAGUUGUAUAUAAGUGUCAUUUUGUUGUCUCAUUUCUUAUAAGAUAUAAUUUACUGUAAUUUAAAAAAGAUUUUUAAAUGGUUUGUAUCCCAAAUUUGUCAAUGCCUGUAUUUUAUUUGUUUAGAAAGAUUCUUUUGGACUUGGGGAUGUAAUUUGUAUAUUUAAAUUUUUUAUGGACAAAGUUUUAUGGACAAAGUUAAAGAAAUAUAUAAAGUGAUCUUUUGUUAAAUGACUUUUUAAUUGGAAAAUUUCUCUUAUCAUUGUUUGGUAUCCAUUAUCUAAUUAAUAGAUUAUUGAAACAGAUUAUUUUCAUAAAUAACUCUAUAUAGAUUUUCCUUAUAUUUCCUUAUUUACCUGUGUCUAUGACUGAACCUAUGAAUUAGUCUCACAUAUCAGAAAUGAACUGCUGAUCUUUACUUUUCUGGUUGAUUUCUUAUCAUGUGAUUAUCCUUCCUUUUCUCUAUCCUAUGCACUGGCAUGAAAAGAAUGGCUUUUAUUCAAACUAGUUAGAAUUUGUCUACCUGUAUGAUGAUAAUAGCCUAAAAGUAUUUUGUUGUAAAUAAAAUUCUCUUUGCUAGCAUUAAGGUUAAUUAAGUAAAGUAAUUCAGUACUUAUUUUCUCUACAAUUUGAAUAUAGUUGCUCUUUUAUGACCAUCAGUUGAAUGCACAGAGAUUAAAUGUAAUAAGCAACAUAUAGGAUUUUAUUUCCAUCUCUAUUAUUGUAAUAACUUUACACAAAAUGUUUUGUUUUAAAAGAUAACUAAAAUAAGAAUAUCAGCAUUUAAAAAAUAUAUACUUUUCUUUGGUAACUUCUCAUGAACAGCACUAGCUGAAAAAAUUUUUUUUAAUUAGAAUGCUUCUUUUGUUCAAAGUAUAUCACAAUCUCAAAUCUAAGUGCUAUGCAAAUAUAUUUCAGAAUCAUCUUAUAGAUACUACUACCUUUCAAUAAGUAAGAUCGUAAACAGUCCUUCUUACUGUUCUUAGAAAGAUAAUUCCUUCAAGGCAGGACUGAUUACAUACUCACUCUAGAAAAUAUCAAGAAAGAUACAAAUUGCCUUCCAUUACCCAAGAUUUGAGAUUUUUCUAUAGAGAAUGUCCUGGUGAUUGCUAAUUUAGGGUUUCCCAUAUCCACCCACUGGUUUGAUGAUCUGCUAGAAAGAACUAACAAAGCUAUUUUACUCACAGUCACAUAAUUAUAGGGAAAGGAAAUAUAAAUUACAACCAGACAAAGGAAGAAACACAUAAGGCAAAGUGUAGGAGGAGUUCAAACUUGGAACUUCCAGGAUUGUCUCCUUGUAGAGUCAUGGACAACAUUAUCUACCUUUGGCCACUGUAUGUGACAGUAUGCAGAGGGAAGCUCACCGAGCUGUAGUGUCCAGAUUCUUUGUCUGCAUGAUUAAAUUUUCUACAGCCUUUGACCCCACCCUGGAGAUCUUUCUGACAUUAGGCUCCAAGGGCUCACCAUAGGUCAUUUUUUUAACAUAAAUUGUCAGUUGUGGUCUGAGAAGCCCAGUAUAAAUAAUAAAAGACAUUCCUUUGGAACCUCCCAAAGACUUGGACCAGAAUUUUGAUGAAGGCCAAAUUCCUUACUGCACAGUGACUGAACAUCUGUAAAUAAAUUAUCCCUGAAUUGUUGGGGAUGACAUAAGCAAUGACAAUUCACGUGUAUAGAGACUUUUAAUUUAUGUACUGCCAUUUAUAAUUUUAAGAAAUUCUUUAUGUUUCUAAACAUUUCUAGGGUUGGAAAAUAUAUAUAAUCAGAUAUUAUACUAACUAGCAUAUAUGUAUUUUCAAUUCUGAUGUUUAAUGAUAGCUUUAUUAAAUGCUGAAAUAUUUUAAAGGACAAAUUUGAAGUUUGGUUUAUAAGGGCCAGGCAAUGUGAAAUGUUUAUAGUUCCAACUACUUGGGAGGAUGAGGUAGGAGAAUCACUUGAGCCCAGGAAUUCAAGUCCAGCAGGAGCAACAUAAACCAAACACCACUUCAAAAAUUUUUUUUUGUUGUUUAGGUUUUAUCUAAACUAUAUAAUAUACAAUUUUGAACUUAUUUUAAAUUAGUCAUUAAUUAUCACCAGUAUAAAGAAAAGCUAAUAGAAUAGAACUGAUAGCAGUUGCUUUGGUUCACCAUCAGGCUUCACUAUUGUUAGGUACACAUUUCCAGUCACUAGGGUCAAGUAUCAACCUUACAUUGGAUCUAAGGAUCAGUUGUAUUUUUUCAUUUAUGCAUUUAUUUUCACUUAUUCAUUUAGGAUUUCUAAAAUGUUAAAAUAGUUUCUUUAAAACAAAUAACAUGGUAUUCCUUUAGAAAUACAGAGCUGACCCCAAAUGUACACUUUCUUCCUUUUUAAAGUCACUAAAUAUCUGAAAGAAUGAUGAAUAUUACAGUGUUUUGAGAUAAUCUAAAAAUGCACUCUUCUUAAAUGUACUUUAAACAUAGAACAUGUAAGAAAUUUAGUUAAAUGUUUAAAUAAGAUGUACGUUUAAUUUUUUUUUAGUUGUAGAUGGACACAACUUUAUUUUAUUUAUUUGCUUUUAUGUGGU